AGUUUUUAAUAUUCAAAAAUAAAUUAUCUAGUAUCUCGUUUUCAAUAAAUUAUAUUUUAACAUAUUUAAAAUGAUAAGUAAAUUUUUGUUAUUUACUUUUUUUAUACUAGUAAGUUUUCAUAGUGUUAUUUCAAGUAAAAUAUAUCUUAACUGCUAUUGUAGUAAGUAUAUACUUUACAAUUUGAAGACCAAAGUUAUAUAUUUCAACGAAAUUUUAUUAGUAAACCCAACCAACCAAAUUUUAAUUGAAAAUUUUGCCAUGGGUCUUCAAACCUUAGGGUCGAUUGUAGUAGCUAUGUUUCCCCAUAUAAAAGAUGAAAAAAUAAAUAUAUUAAGAAACUUGGAAGGGUUAUGGUCUACAAAUUUUUAUUUGAAUAAUCUUUCAAAUACAUUAUUAUUGCCAACAUAUCAAAAUGUAACAACUCAAACAAGAAAAUUAAGUGCUCAUGAAAUUUUUAUAGAUGAAUUUCAGAAAAUUUAUCCAAUGUUAAUUGCACAACUAGAACAAAACAUUUUAGAUACAUGUUAUGAAGGUAAACAAAUUAAAUCCCCCGAUAUUGUUAGUCGAAAUCAAUUUGCUGAUAAUAAUUUACAUGUGAUUAUUAAUAAUUUGUUACCGAAGCAGAAAAGGAUUGAAACUAUAUUCAUGGAAGAAAAUAUUGAAGAAACAAUGCAUGAAGUUAAUGAUACUGAAGUUAUUUUAAGAUUUCAUUUUAAUAUAAAAAUCGAAAACGAAGAAAAAAAUUUGUAUCACCCGGAAAACGUAUUGUUAUCUAUAUUAUUUGAUAAAAAUAAUUAUGGAAGAACAUUAAGUGAAUUACAUAAUGUUCCAAUUAAUGAAAAAUUGGAGAAUGGAAAAAUGGCCAACAUGAAAGUGUUGUUUGACAUGAUUAAAUACACUUUUGAUGUCGACUGUGUAGAAUCAUUCCUACGCCAAGUUAUAGCUGCAAUAGUUUAUCCUGUUUACUUGUGCGUUGGAAAAUUUGCACUUAUAUUGCAAAAAAUAUUUUCUGAUAUAUUUAUAAUAGAAAGCAAAGUAAUUUUAAGAACAGAAUUUGUUCAUUUAAUUGCAGAGAAAAGUAUGAAUAUUUGUAGUAUUAUUAAUGAUUUGACACGAAUUUGUUUACCAAAUAAUGUUCAAACACAUUUAAAAGUCACUUUAAAUCUUUUAGAAGGAAUAAUAGAAAUAGUUAAGUCUCGACAAUUUUCAAAAUUAAAAUCAGGAUACAUUCAUGAACUUUAUUGGAGAUGUGCUAAAGCUAUGGAAUAUAAUUUAAUUCACUUCGACACUGGAGUAGAUAACUCUGAUAAAUACGACCAAGAAAAAUGUGAAAAAAUGUUAAAUCAGUUAGAUUUUAAAGUUGAUAAUAUUAGUAUGUCUUUCGAUGUCACACGUUACGUUUACCAAAAUCUGAAUCUUAAAAAUACAUCAAAUGUAGUCUUUUUUAAGGACGUAUUUUCGGAGGAAUUAAAAUGUAAUAUUAUCCAAAGAAAUAAACAAGGCUAUCAUAUCAUGAGGAAAAACUGAGCUAUUCUGGACUAUUUGCGAUAGCAAUAAAUGAAGCACAAAAUACAUUAUAAUAUAACGUUAAAUAACAAAAUUAUUUUUAAAGUUAUACUGCAAUUAUAUUUAGUUGUUUUAUACCUUUUUAAAAAUAAAAAUUGUAAAUUAUUCUGUAACUUUAAUAUGCUCAAUAAAGUCAUUUUCUGUGUAAUAA